UGCCAGUGGUGCCAGUGUGUGUGUGCUAGUGAGUGCCAGUUCCGAGUGUGUGUGAGUGUGCGGAGUACAUAUGUAAUAGGGCCAUGAAGUUUUAUUGAAAAACGAGGCAGAGACAAGGCGAAAGGCCAUAAGAAUUGGGCCCGCAGCCCCCCGGAAGACCCCGACACGCCCCUUCGCAAGGAGUCGCUGUGUAGCUGUGAAAAAAGCAUGCCCCAUGCAGCAGAACUGUGCCCAUGUGGCUCCGAAUGGGAGGAGUCGCCCAUUUGGUAACGGUAACGUCGUGCAGCUGAAAAAUUCCCAAUCAGAAAUCUGUUGAGCGAAAAUCGAAGAGGGUCGUGUAAAAACCUAUAUGUACAUAUAUGCAAAUGCAAUGCAUAUGCACCUCCAAUAGUCGCGUAUAAAAUAAAGCAGAAAGUACAACAAAUUGCUCAACUUGCUGUGUGCGAAAAAUCGGGCCAAAAUGUGCGAGCGUGAGCGUAAAGUGCGUGGGUGUGUGUGAAAGGUGUAAAAAAUGUACAUUCUGUGAAUUGGCCACAUAAAAAAAGAGGAAAAAGGAAAGGAAAACGAAAACGAAUACGAGUAACGAGUGUAACGACAGACGUUAUAUUCGGAGGCGAUUCGUAGUUCUUGUUUUUGUUGCCACUUCGUUGUUUGCCCGCAAGAGGAAGGCAACAACUUAGGCCCCAAAAUGCCCAGAGAUCUAGACUCCGGCUCCAGUUCCAAGACCGAUUCCAUAACCGAUUCCGUCUCCGCUUCCGGCUCCAACUCCGGCGAUUCCGGGGUUGGCAUUAGCUAUAUUCCCGGGCAACAGCAGCAGCGUCAGCACCUCCACCAGCCUACUUCGCGCCCACCCACGCUGUGAAUCUCCACAAGUCUGACUCAGAUUCAGAUUCAGAUAGAGAUUCAGAUUCAGAUACAGAUUCAGACACAGAUCAAAGAGCAAAGAUCUCCAGCACCUGCAAGCGCCACUGCAAUUAGACGCAUAUUAUCCACAAAUCAAUAUUAAUCACCAAAUCAGCAAAUUGCUGAUAACGUAUACAAGUGGCAAUAACAGAAUAAAUUAAGCCGGAAAAAGGUCGAAAGGCCAAAAGUGAAAUCCAAUCCGGAGUGAAAACCAGUGCAAAAGUCAACAACUUGUGGGAGUCGAGCGCUCGUCCUCGAGUCCUUAAAUCCUGCCAGUGUGCCCAGUGCUUUAAGUGUGCCAAGUGUGCGUCUGCGUGUGCGUGAGCGUGAGCCUGUGAGUGCGUCCGGGUAGCGGAGAAGCCACAACGUCGUCCACAAAACCAUCGACGUCCACAGCCGCCGCCGCCGCUGCUGCUGCUGCCGCCGCUGCAGGAUCGGGAUCGGGACAAGGAUCGGGAGCGGGCGCGGUAUCAGGAACUGCUCCAGGCCACCAGAGGAGCGGCGGACGAAGCGGCCAGCGACGUCGCAGUAGCAGCAGUAAUCCACACGCCGGCACAACGAAAGCGACCAGUGGCAGCGGUGGAGCUGGCAGCGCCGGCGGAGGAGGAGGCGGCGGCGGCGGCAGCGGUGGAGGCGGGGUCAAGCAGAGCGUCAGCCGGAACAGCAACAUCCGGAGCAGCAGCUCCAACAGCACCAUGGCCUCUGCCAACCAUCGCGGUGGCGGCGGACGAGGUGGAGGAGGCGCUGUCGCCGGUGCCGGAGCGGAUGGCAAUGCGAUCGUGGGGCUGCAGAUCGGCUCCGCCUGGUUUCAGCGCAAGAUCAACCUGAGGCCGCAGCACCGCGGCGUCCACCUGGUCACCGAGGAGAUACUCCGACAGAUGCCGGAGCUGGCGCACUUCUCAGUGGGAUUGUGUCACAUGCAAAUUCUUCACACCUCGGCGAGUUUAGCGCUAAACGAAAGCUGGGAUCCAGACGUCAGAGACGACAUGGAGAUGAUGUUGAAUAAAAUAGUUCCCGAAGGUUUGCCCUACAGGCAUUCGUGCGAGGGACCCGACGAUAUGCCCGCGCACGUGAAGGCCUGCUUCCUGGGCAGCUCCCUGACAAUCCCGAUCACCGACGGCAAGCUGUCGCUGGGAACGUGGCAGGGCGUUUGGCUGUGCGAGCACCGCGACCAGGCCGGAUCCCGGAAGCUGGUGAUCACGCUGACCGGAUGUCCGCGCGAACAGGCCCGCAGCCCGCUGUCACCCGUCUCGCCGAUCGCCAGCACGUCCAGUUAGGGGCGGCCUCGCUCCACCCGCGACAGCCGGUAAUCGCGGGGGAGCGACAAUAAUGCCAUCAUUUCGUCGAGGCGGCUGAUACUGCAGAAGAACUUGGCUAAGGCGAACCUGGCGCAGCAGCGGGCGGCAGCGGUGAUUGCCGCCGGUCGGGGGGGCUUGGGCGGUGGUCACCAGGAUGCCCUGGCGCCGCCCAAUAUCCCCGGAGUGGAGACUAAGACCGGCCGCCUGCUGCUCCGCCAGCAGCUGCACCUCAAUCUCAAUCUGAAUGUGCAGGAAACGUUGCGCGAUGGCGUCGAUAUCGAUGAUGUGGACGAGGAUGUCGACGAGGACGAGGACCUAGACCUAGACCUAGACCUAGAAACCGUCACAACAGUGCCUCUUAACAAUGAACAACUUAAUGCUAAGGUCACCACCACAACAUCCAGUUCAUCAGCAGCGAGCAGUGCAUUAGCUAAAUUCAAUCGCAUCAUAGACUCCACUUUGGAGCGACCACCAGUGGCCGUAGACUACUCCGGACUGCCCCAGCUGAGCAGUGCCACACUGCAGCAGCGCUUCAACCUGGCCUAUCCGGAGUUGGUGAACCAACAGCAGCAGCAGCAUCAACAGCAGCAGUUGCAGCUGCAACAGCACCAGCAGCAACAUGAUGCGACCAAGCAGAUCAGCAGCCUCCAGGGGAACCCCCGAUUGGAUCGUGGAACGGACGCCGUUGCCAGCACUCCAUUAACACUUCAAGCACCCAGAACUCCAGCAACGGCGACGGAGGAGCAACUUGAUUCGGGGCAUCCCCAUGACGACGCAGACGUCGUCGACCACGAUGAUCAUCCCCACCACGACGAGGAUAAUCAAACGAAACGAAAUGAUGUGCAUUAUUUGUUGAAACAGUUGAAUAGUUUUAGUGAUAUAGAAGAAAUAGAAAUUGUUGAUAUGAAGCAAAGAGGUCAGCGGCCGCCGAUGGCGUCCAGUUCGUUGGCCACCAUGAUGCCGCCGCCCUCGCCAGCACCGCCGGCCUCGCCAUCCACGCAGUCACAUCGACUGGGUCCGCGGUUCGCCUCCUCCGGCGACAGUUCGCUGGUCCUGCCGCAGCACCAGUUCGACGACUACCUGUUCGAGUCCUGCCACUACCUGGAGACAAACUACUUUGCCGCCACAUACCGCACUGCCAUGGUCGAGAGCAGCUCCCACGAGUUCCGGCCCUCGACCAACAGCAGCUCGAACAGUUUCGAGCUGCACGAGAUGGAGCCGCCCAGUGUCAUCUGCAAGGCGGGCGUGCCGCCUCCACUGGUUGCCAGUCACCCUGGUCACCCUGGUCAUCCUGGUCAUCCGCCGCCGCGGUACCAGUUCGAGUACCAGGCGGAGACCCGGCUGACCACCAGUGGGGUGCAGACGGAGCUCACCGUCGAAUCGCUGGCCAAGAUGAGCAACUGCAGCGGGAGCAGCUCCUCCUCGGCGACGAGGGCACCUCCCUUCUUCCGGUGCUGCUACACGCCCAUCGAUCGCUGGCGGGAGAGGAGGCAGCAGCAGAAGAGCUCCUCCUCCUCCUCGUCCGCCGCACAGCCGCCCAAGAACGUCUGACACUGGGCGUGGCAGUCCACUUGGAGACCCAA